GCGGCCGGAGCGGGAGCGGCAGCUCGGAGGCGGCCGCCGCUCGGGGGAAAGAUGAGCUUGUUGUCAGCCAUCGACACCAGCGCCGCGUCCGUGUACCAGCCCGCCCAGCUCCUCAACUGGGUCUAUCUCUCGCUGCAAGACACGCACCAGGCCAGCGCCUUCGAUGCCUUCCGCCCCGAGCCCUCCUCCUCGCAGCACCCCGACCUCGGCUACACCAAGAGCCCCCCGGAGCUGGGCUCCUCGCUCAGCUCCAGCUAUCUCAACAGCUUCUUCCAGCUCCAGCGCAGCGAGGCUCUGAGCAGCAGUCUCUAUAAGAGUGCAUCUCCUUAUGGCUCUCUUAACAACAUAGUGGAUGGGUUAAGCUCCCUUACUGAGCAUUUUUCUGACCUAUCCCUUUCUUCAGAAGCCAGAAAACCCAGCAAGAGGCCACCUCCCAACUACCUGUGCCACCUCUGCUUUAACAAGGGACACUACAUCAAAGACUGCCCACAGGCUCGUCCCAAGGGAGAAGGCCUGACCCCAUACCAGGGCAAGAAACGCUGCUUCGGUGAAUAUAAGUGCCCCAAAUGCAAGAGAAAAUGGAUGAGCGGAAACUCCUGGGCUAACAUGGGUCAAGAGUGCAUCAAGUGCCACAUUAACGUUUAUCCUCACAAACAGAGACCCCUGGAAAAGCCGGAUGGCCUGGACGUUUCAGACCAGAGCAAAGAACAUCCCCAGCACCUGUGUGAGAAGUGCAAAGUUUUGGGCUACUACUGCCGCCGUGUGCAAUAAACCUUCCAAGUGGCCUCUUCCCGUCCCCCUCAUCCUUAAGGAUCCUCUGACAGCACACGAUCAAGAGCAACACAACACAUCAAGAUAAAAGCUAAAAUAAUUGCCAAUAUUGCCUAUCUAUAACCUAACAGUAUGCCUUACCUUUAACGGAAUGUAACAUUUCUCCUGUGUAUGCACACACAUGCAACAGGUAUUUACAGGACUAUGAUGAAUUUGUAUACAUACAUAUAUAUGUAAGCUUACAUAUAUAUAUGUACACACGUAUAAGCAUUACUGAUAGUGUUCACAACAGAACCACAGUUGCAGGUUCUGCUGAUUGUUUACACAGACCCUAUAUCAUGGUCAGGUGAAAUGAAGUACUAUUCUUUAGGCAAGAUAUAAUAUUCACAAGGACUAUAUGUGAUAAAUGGGUUUUGCAGAGGUGAAAUAACUGUGGGGCCACUAAUUAAAAGCACUCACCCACGACAGGAAUAUUAUUCCUAUUAUAUGACAAGACAAAAGGAGAUUAAACAAGCCACAGCAUAAAAGAAGGAAAAUAAUUGUUUUCCCAGUUUUAGAAAGUCUGAGAGUUUUGUGUUGCUGCUUUCUUGGACUUUUCUAUUUGUUAGUGUCACUCAGGCAGGGCUUAGGCAAAAUCAUUUUUUGCAAUUUUGAGGCAAAAAAAAGUGAAUAAUUGUUUGAGGGUGUGGUUGUACAGAAAGGGAAUGCCAUAAUGGGACCCAUAGCAUCGGGAAGGAUUCCAAGAGGUUUUUGGAGGAGAUAAAAUUGGCUUGGUUGUGUGACUAACAGAUCUUUCUCUUGUCAUAUAAUUCUGCUACAAGAGGUUUUGCAUGUGUAUGCGCUAUUCAUUAGGCUGCAAGCACACUAAAUUUACUGUGAAUAAAGGGGGAUAAGAAUGCUUAAAAUUGUCCUCCAAAUCCAUAAUUGAACGAUUAGCCAAACUUACUAUUUAUAAUAGUUUUAAAGCCACUUUCUGGAAAUAUUUUUUAUGUCCUGUUUUCUACUGUACAAAUUUGUUACAAUGUAAAACUUUUUAGCCAUAAGGUGUUAUGAGGUAUGAAGAACACUCUUUAUAAUAUUCCCACUUUCCUGUCUUCCUGAAACACCUAUUUACCUUAGGAGAAAUGUAGGAGUUAUAUUUGGUUGUCCCAUUUCAGGUGGAACUUUGGGCAGGGUGAUCCUGUUGCAAAGUAGUAUCUCAUCAGGGAUGAGCUGAAAGUACCUCGAGACAGUAUCCUAUUUAUAUGUCUGUAUAAGAAUACACGGGCAUAAGGACAAAACAAGCAAUUCACUGAGAAAACUUACAGGGAUAAUGGUUUGUGUGGUUUUAGGUUUGGGUUUGUUUUUUUUUUU